AUGCUUCGUUUCAUUAAUAAAUCACCUAAUUUAUUUCAACUUCGUACAAUUACUUCAAAGGCUAUAGAAAGACCUCACUCACAUGCCUUUUAUGACGACAAAAUAACUACAUUUGCCAGUAAACCAGUUAAGCCAGUCACCUUGAAGCAACUCGUUCGAUUUGGUCAACCACCUUUAUCCAAUGAAAGCUUACAAGCUUGCACAACCUAUGCACGAACUGAACUACCUGUGCGUUUGGCCAGACGUGUGAGAGCCUUUCAGAGUUUACCUUUUAUUGUAGGCACUAAUCCAUAUAUAAAAGAAAUCUACAACCUAUAUUACGAUUCCUUUGAGACAUUGAUCAAGUAUGUGCCAGCAGACACUGACGACUGGGAGUUCAUCGAGACAUUGAAGGACUUUGUUGAAAGACACAGUGACAAUAUACCUACGUUAGCACGAGGCUUUCUGGAGUGUAAGCAAUACAUGAACAGUCAGGACAUGGCACGGUUCCUAGACGAUAUGAUACAUGCACGAAUAGGAAUUCGAUUGAUUGCCGAACAAGCUAUUGCAUUGAUGCACCAAAAGGAUCUCCAAACGGACGGAAGGGUCGGCAUUAUCGAAACACAGCUCAAACCAGCAGAAUCGAUCAAACGCUGUGCCGAGUUUGUGUCCGAAUUAUGCGAGUUUAAUUACGGCCAGAGUCCUGAGAUCAUUAUCGAUGGACACACGGAUACCCAAUUCACAUACGUGCCCGUUCAUCUAGAAUAUAUAUUGACGGAACUACUGAAGAACUCGUACCGGGCAACGAUCGAGUAUCAUCAAAAGAUGAAGCGCAAUGUACCACCGCCUCCGAUCCAGGUCACGAUCAGUCAUGGCCAAGAAGAUAUCUCGAUACGUAUUCGAGAUCAAGGAAAUGGUAUUAGUGAAUCUGAUCUUCACAAGGUCUUUGAGUAUUCGUAUACGACCGUGCCUAAAUCAAAAGAAGAUGCAGAACAUGAUCCAUCAAGCAUUUUUAGAAAUAUUACAGAAAUAGCUAUGCAAUCUGGUGUGGGCGGUCCCCUUGCCGGACUAGGGUUUGGUUUACCACUGGCAAGAAUGUAUGCCCGAUAUUUUGGUGGUUCACUCACGCUUGUGUCUAUGUGGGGAUACGGAUGUGACGUAUUUUUGAAGCUAAGACAUAUUGAUGAAUUACUGGCAGAAGGAUUAGAAAUUUAA